ACUGGAGACGAGCGGACACGUGCGCGAAUCCGUGCUCGGGCUGAGCUGAUUGGAUUGCUCCUUUUAUCGGUCAGUGAGUGUAUUUUUGCCCUCUCGCCUGGUCCCUUCCGGUCACGAUAUGUACGGGGCAUGAGAUUGGGUGGUGCAGUUAAUUUUAUGCAUAUUCCGGACUGCAGGCGCUGACGGGUUGGUGAGUUUGGCUGAAAGUGUGUGCAAACCGAGCCGGGAUCCGUGUGCCGAGUGCUUCCGGAAUAUCAGUGUCGGUGAGUUGGGAUUACUGGACCAGAAGAGGCCUGUACGUGCUAGCAGGCCAUAUCCGACUGGGUGCUAAUGAUCCGAAAACGAAGAAAAUCCUGAAUAAAUUUAGUGCUUCCAGCCACGUUCUAGCGCCGUGUUUCUGAGAAAUGUGCUGUUAAUUGUGUAUUGCAUCGUAUGGUACUUGCAACUACAAUCCUGGUGCAGCAACUCCCCGAAGGGAAUAAGUGUCUUGUUGGUGUGAAGUUGAUACGACAACACAGUAUGAAAGUGAGCCACUACCUACCACCCACUGCCUGGCGCCCAGCUCUGUGGGGUGGGUCGAUGGCACAUGGUGGAAACAUAAACCCGCCCCGCUCGGUGUUGCUGUUGUAAACGAAAGCCGCUGCAGUAAACGUGAAAUGAUUUAUUAAUUGCAUACAACCGAUGUUGUGGUAAAAAAAAUAAAUCAAACCAAAUGUUGGAAAAGUUGAAGUGUACAUACGAUACAGGAGCUAGGGAAAAAAAGUGAUCAGCCCCCCUUGUGGAAGUGGUCAACGUUUGGGGCGAGGGAUGAAAACUUGUUAUUAGAGAUGUUGUUACACUACAUGAUAUGCAAACGAAUGUCUCUCUGGUCGAGUGGAUAUUAUAGUAGCAGCUCGCAGCAGUGAAUAAAUGUUUGGUAUGUGAAACGCAGAAAACACGUAGAGUGAAAGUGCUGUCGGAAUUCGUAACUCGCAAUCAUAUCGCUAAGGUUGCUGCAGUGGCAGAACGACGGUGUUGGUGUUAAUGAUUUGUGAGUGUGAUAAGGACCGACAUUCCGAUCGUGAUUUAACGCAACCGCUGCAUUCUCCGAGAGAGCAAAGAGCUGCCUGUUUGCAGAAACUAGUGUUGUUUACGCUUGCGAGCACAUGUACGCUUAAUUGAAAAUAAAACUAGCCGGGCAAAUGCAGUUCCUGCCCAAGUACGUGAGUGAAUUUAAUUACAAAAAUGUCAUUGCGAAUGCGAACUCAAAUUAGAGUGCGAGUCGCGGCAUUGAGCAACCCGCUGGAUUAAACUGGAGAGUGGGUGAGUGAGAAAAAAUAACAGGAGCAGCAGUGAAAAACCAACAACCAUUGGUGCGCGAAAUGGUGACUCGGUGGCGGCAAAUUAUCAGCACAACUCGUCGUACUACAGCCUAAUGGUAAUAGUGCCGUGCCGCUUCACUAUGAACACGAAGCUGAGACUAAUUGCAUCGUUGAUUAACUUCCUCGUCAUCGCAGUGGCAGACACACUGAGCCCCGACCUUCAAAUGUAUUGGGAAAAUAGCAUGGUACAACCAUACUUCGAAAACACCACCAAGCGAGAGCUGACGGCCAUUGCCGGACAGACGUGUCAGCUUCACUGUCGGGUCAAAAGUCUGGGAGACCGAGCGGUAUCCUGGAUACGGAAACGAGAUCUACAUAUCCUCACCGUUGGGAUACUGACGUACACCAACGAUCAGCGCUUCCAGUCGCUCCACACCGACGGCAGCGACGAAUGGACGUUACGCGUCACGUCUCCCCAGGCACGUGACUCUGGCGUGUACGAGUGCCAGGUUUCGACUGAGCCGAAAAUUAGUCAAUCUUUUCGGUUGAAUGUAGUUGUAUCAAAAGCCAAAAUUCUAGGGAACACAGAGCUGUUCGUGAAAAGUGGCAGUGACAUUAAUUUGACCUGCGUCGCACUGCAGUCGCCGCAGCCACCCUCCUUCAUCUACUGGUACAAGGGCGGCCGGGUGAUCAAUUAUUCACAACGGGGCGGCAUCAGUGUCCUGACCGAGCAGCAAACCCGAACCAGCCGGCUAGUGAUAGCACGAGCAUCGCCCUCGGACUCCGGAAACUACACUUGCUCACCAAGUAAUUCCGACUCUGCCAGCGUUGUGGUUCACGUUAUCAAAGGCGAACAUCCGGCUGCGAUGCAACAUGGCGUGAAUAGCGCCGAUUACGCAAUCAAAUCGCAACCCGUCAUCGGUGUGCUCGUCGUAGCACUCUGCCUCCAUCUGUUGGCCAGUGGGCUUCCCAAUAGAUAAGGCCAAACAAAAAUGAAAAGCAGAUCACACACAGCAGCCGCAUCAGCAUCAGCUGACCGUGUUUUUCUCGUUUAGGAUUAAGAUUACAAAAUCGCAGCACCCGAUUCCUUCCCUCCCAACACAUCCGCCAUCACAUCAUCAGCACCAUGUCGCAGGGGAUUGUCCCACAGCACAGGCUGAGCCACGAAAUGGCAGGACAUCAAAUCAGCAGUGACAGCAUACACAGUGUUUGAUAUUAUCCACGUCAGUCACAUAGGACCGAGUCAGUAGGUACAUAAGCUUUUAGAUGGAACCACACCUUCCCGCGGAGAGAUAGACAGUGACAAAGUGAGAGCGAGAGAAAGCAUGCAGCAUCGUCGCCCGUGUAGUGACAAAAAAUGAAAACGGAUGAGAUAAGAGAACAAAAACAUAAAAACAUACAUGCCAUGCUUCACCCAGGAAUUUUGAGGCAGAUAAAUCCCCUUCAAUUUUUCAUCGAGUGGUGAGACGACGACCUCCCGAUCAACUGCUGCUGCUGCUGCCAGGACUAUGGUGAAGUGUCUGUUUCUUUUUGGGUAGCUCGUUACGACAGUACAUAAAACGUUCGUUCCCCCUUUCCUGAAGUGGCGACCAUAAACAUCCACGGCUGCACAUAUAGUCUAAAACAACCGAACACGAUAGCAACGGUGGAUCGAAUAAAAAAGGAGCAAUUUUUCUAAAUCAUGAUUGAUGGCGGUAAGAGAUCGAUUUUAUUUUUAGAGCUGAGCAUCAAUAUUUGCUACACAAACGCGGUUGGCAGAUACAUUCCGGGGAAGCGUUUCAGAAAACAUCACAUCAAAGUGUAGGUAAACGUCAAUGUGACAGUUUAGAAAACAAUUUCUGUGCUGAUCAAUAAACAAUGGGAAGAGGAAAAGUGUUAAUAACGCAACAUGAAAAUCAUUUUUUGUUAGGGUCUAUCAUUUUUCUAUUAACAGGCCAUAUCACCUCUGUCAGGCAAUUUAGUUAGGUUGUUCACAUCGAUAAAAUUCAUUCUAAGGACUAAAUAAUCCUUAAAUAGCCGUUACAUCGUUAUUUAGGCACUUGCUGGCGUAUACCACACGUAUGGUAGACUCUAACUAGGAAAACAUAACGGGAGGACGAGAAGAUAAUCGAUAAAUUAAAAUCAACACCCAUCCAUAUUCUGUAGCCAACAUCGAUGGCUUGAUUUAGAACAGUAAAUCAAAAUCAGACGAACUAGAUGGAGCUAACGUAGGGUGGGUGGUUCAUUUGUCGAGAAGUAUCAAUAGUUGCUACAGUGGGUGUAUAGGACUAAUUGCAAUGCCAACCAUCAAGAUUAAAAUUUAUUUGGAGGAUCAGAAGAAAUUAAUUAUAACAUCAAUAAGGGAAAGCAUCUUUAGAAAACGAAAUACGCCAUAGCGAAACUACUGGUACAUGUGUUUAUAAAACGAGAAACGCGAUUUUAAAUUCAAAUAUUGAUUUUCUAUAAAGCAGGAGUUGGAAAUAAGUUAUCCACAUUUUAAUAACUUAUUUCCAUAAGUAAACGGCUAUUGGUACAUCGACCCUGCUUAGUUUAACUAGUUCGACUUCUAUCCGGUUACGCCCCAUCUACUGUUCAUUUUAUAAUAAAAAAAACUUCACCAGAAUCUCUGCACUGAGCACAUACGAGAGGGAAAGACGAUCGCUAAGAGAUUAAAAAUAUAUCUAUCAUCUUCCAGUUGAUGUAUGUUCUUACCUUGCUGAUGCAGAAGAGUAGCAGGUGUAGUGGUUUUUGAUGAUAUUUGCGUUAAGACUUAUUCGGAAAAGUGCACUGCAUCUGGCAUGUUAAUAUUUGAUCUCUUGCUGCCUUAGACAAAUUCACCCCUGGUGGCGAUUGGAAUUAAAUCGUUAGGAAAAUACAUUAGUAAAGGUUGCGCCCGUGUAAAAUAAUCUGUAAAAAAAACUAUUAAAAUGACGUAACGUUAAACAGCGGCAUAUAAAUUUUAAACAGCAUUAGACUUUGAUAGUUUACUGUAACUGGUAAGAUUUUAACACUGCUUCGUUAAGUGACAACAGGAAAGUGUCGUAAAACGAAUAGUUGAAUGAAUUACGGGAUUCACGUAAUCUUAGCAGAAGUAAAAAAAAUGUAUAAACAAAAAUUAGCUGAAUCUGAUAGCUACUAUGGAAUAAGAGUGAAUGGAACGAAAUAAAGACGAAAUAAAAAUGAGAUGAAAAUGUAUAUUUAUGAA